AUGUUGGCCAUGGCCGAGGCAGAGGCUGAAGGAGGGCCAGAAUCUAACAUGGAGAAAGAUUUUGAUUCAAAGAAGAAGACCGAGCGAAACAAAUCCAGCAAUGAGAAUCCCUUGAGAUCCAAGAGCUUUGCAUUCAGGGCUCCUCAGGAGAAUUUCACAAUCCAGGACUUUGAAUUGGGCAAGAUCUAUGGCGUUGGUUCUUAUUCCAAGGUUGUGCAAGCAAGGAAGAAAGAUACAGGAACUGUAUACGCCUUGAAGAUCAUGGACAAGAAAUUCAUCACCAAAGAAAACAAAACUGCUUACGUCAAGCUGGAGCGCAUUGUAAUCGACCAGUUGGACCAUCCUGGCAUUGUGAGGCUCUUCUUCACAUUUCAAGAUACGUUUUCCCUGUACAUGGCGCUCGAGUCUUGUGAAGGUGGAGAACUGUUUGAUCAAAUAACCAGAAAAGGCCGUCUAUCAGAGGAUGAAGCUCGGUUCUAUGCAGCUGAAGUUAUCGAUGCUCUGGAGUACAUACAUGGUAUGGGAUUGAUACAUCGGGAUAUCAAGCCAGAGAACCUGCUACUCACUGCGGAAGGACAUAUCAAAAUUGCUGAUUUUGGUAGUGUGAAGCCUAUGCAGGGCAGCCGCGUUACAAUCCUCCCUAACGCAGCGUCAGAUGACAAAGCAUGCACCUUUGUGGGAACAGCUGCUUAUGUCCCCCCAGAAGUUCUAAAUUCCUCUCCAGCAACCUUUGGCAACGAUCUCUGGGCACUUGGCUGCACCUUGUACCAGAUGCUUUCUGGCAGUUCUCCCUUUAAAGAUGCAAGUGAAUGGCUAAUUUUUCAAAAGAUCAUUGCCAGAGACAUCAGAUUUCCAAACUAUUUUUCGGAAGCUGCUAGCGAUCUCAUUGACCGGUUGCUGGAUACUGACCCCAGCAGAAGACCAGGUGCCGGCCCUGAUGGUUACGCUUCCCUGAAAUCGCAUCCCUUCUUCAAGGGAGUUGACUGGAAGAACUUAAGUACACAAUCACCCCCAAAACUUGCCUUGGCGCAAAAGGAUAUUGAUGCGAACAGUGGCUCUGCAUCCUCUUCAGAAGCUGGCAACAGAAUAAGGCUAGCUUCAAUCGAGUCCUUUGACUCAAAAUGGCAGGAGUUUCUAGAGCCCGAUGAAUCCCUCCUUAUGAUCUCGAUGGUAAAGAAGAUUCAGAAACUAUCCAACAAGAAAGUUCAGCUUAUCCUAACCAACAAGCCCAAGCUGAUGUAUGUGGAUCCUUCAAAGUUGAUCAUUAGAAAAGACAUACCCUGGUCUGACAACCCUAAUGAGCUAUCCAUCCAAGUCACAAGCCCUUCACAUUUCAAGAUUUGUACUCCAAAGAAGAUUUUAUCAUUUGAGGACGCGAAGCAAAGAGCGAUGCAAUGGAAGAAGGCGAUCGAGACCCUCCAGAGCCGGUAGCUCUUCUUCUGGUCCCGACGAGGACCGUUUGGACGGACAAAACUGUAGGGAAACAGGG